GCGGCAGGGUACGCGAAUCGUGCGCGCACCGGCCGGCCGGCCGGCUGGCUGCUUUGGCUAAAGCGGCGCGAGGCCAUAAUUCGGCGUGGCCGUUAUGAGCCGAGCUUCACCGGCAUCCCAUGUCGUCACCCCUGCCCCACGCACGCCAGGGGCAACAUGCGCCGCCUGCUGCCUCUGUAUAUAUACAGCAGCCUCUCUCCCACCCCUCUACCAGCCAGCCUCAUUAGCCACCAAGACCUAGCUGCCUAGCUAGCUAAGCCUGACCGCAACUCAGCAACCGCCUGAGAGCGCUUCCAGCAGCAGCCGCUUCGGUCUUGAUCUGCGCCGGAUCAGAGCGACGGUUGAUCGGCCGGGCUACUAACAGCCGGUGGAUAGCCAGCGCGCGAUGGCGAGGGUCCACCCCAACGUGCUGCCGCCGCCGGCUGCUGAGAGAGCCGCGGCGGGGCCGCCGGCGGGCGAGGAGGAGCCGACGACGCUGACGGUGUGGCGCAAGUCGCUGCUGUUCAACUGCAGGGGGUUCACGGUGUUCGACGCCAAGGGCGACCUCGCCUACCGCGUCGACAGCUACGACGACGCCGAGGCCGAGGUCGUGCUCAUGGACCCCGCCGGCCGCCCGGCCUUCACCGUGCGCCGCAAGCGCCUGAGCCUGUCCGGCGAGCAGUGGCUCAUCUUCGCGGGCGAGGAGGCGCGGCGGCCCGUGUACGCCGUCAAGCGCGGCGGCGGCGGCAAGUCGAUGGCGCGCGUGGCGCUGUGCGCCGCGGGCGGAGGCGCCGGGGCGGCGGCGCCCUUCGAGGUGGAGGGGUCCUACGCGCGCCGGCGCUGCGUGGUGUACGACGGCGAGCGCCGGGCCGUCGCCGAGGUGCAGCCCAAGGAGGCCGUCGGCACGGACGUGUUCCGGCUGGUGGUGCAGCCGGGCGUCGACGUGUCGCUCGCCAUGGCCGUGGUGGUGGCGCUCGACCAGAUGUUUGCGAGGCCGUCGCUCCUCCGGAGCUGGUCCUCGUAGAUUCCUAUUUUGCUUGUUCAAUCUAGACAGAUUUUUGCCCCUGGUCUUGGGGUUGUGGAUUAUCACUGGACGCUGAUAAUUCGACUAUUGAUCUGCCUGUGCUCCACCACCCUGGUCGAGCCAAUUGAGAUUUUUUUUUCUCUGUGUAGCUCUUGAGCGAAUCACAUCACAUGAAAUCCCUCUCGAUUCUCUUUGGCUGUCGCACGCCGAUCCAGCCAAAAGCCAUGAAUCCUGUAAAAAAGAGGGACGGAGAUGUAAAUAUGUAUACCGAGAAAGGAAAAAAAAGGGACCACCAGAAAUCCUUUUUUGGUUAUUACACUGCAAUAUACCCUAUUUUUCUGAAGG